UAGGAAGGUAGGCUAUUCAGUUACCACAGCCGCAUUGGAAUGCUGGUUAACAAGUGUUGAGUCAAGUCAGAGAUUAGUGACACACCUUUUUUUUUUAUCAGCCAAGCAGUAUCACAAGUUGAUCCCUUUUCGUAGCCUGUACCUAAGUCAUCGUACACUAAGUUAUUUUUUGCCGGUCUGAAGUGUCCGGUUAGUCUGAAACUGGUCACCUCAAGUGAUGAGGGCAGGACCCACUGAUACACUGUGCCUUCAGUGACAGACAAACGGGAAUUAUCCAGGACAUCUUGUGACGGCCUCGGAACACCUCUCCAGAUAACAGUCUAAGGUGUGCGCUGUGCAAUGAGUGCCAAAUCAGCCAUCAGCAAGGAGAUAUUUGCUCCACGGGACGAGAAGAUGCUUUCUGCUGCACAGGUGAAGAGGCGAACAAAGAAAAAGAUCCCCUUUCUGGCCACUGGUGGUGUGGGAGCCUACAGCACCUUCAUCUGCCUGUCAGUGACCAAUAAGAAGCCCCAGCAACUCUACCUUACCAAGGUAAAACAAUUUGAAGGCUCCUCCUCCUUUGAAAAGAGGUCUCAAUGGACAGUGGAACAGCUACGUCAGGUCAACGGCAUUGACCCUAAGCAAGACUGUCCGGAGUUUGACCUGGUGUUUGACGGCGGCUCGGACCAGUGGCAGGCGUCUUCUUCGACAGAGAAGAGCAUGUUCAUCCAGAUCCUCCAUCACUACUGUCAGAGAUACUGCACCGUCCGCAAGCCCGACUUCAUCAACUGCCCGUCUAAACUGGUGGGAGGUCAGUCAGUUUGUUCAGUCGUUUUCCAUUGCAAGAUCUUUUUGAACAGAUUGAGGAAUGUGAUGGUUUCAAACCAAGGUCGCCAUCACUUCAAAGGUACGAGAGCGGCGCAGGCCUCGGUGAACGACGCGGGCAGCGCGGCGCAGAAGGCCAGACAGGCGCUGAGCGAGCGCGGGGACCGCCUCGCGCGGACGGAGGAGAAGACCGAGGAGAUGAUGAACAGCGCCCAGCAGCUCUCCGACACGGCGCACAAGCUUGCCAUGAAAUACAAGAACUAAAGAAAUGACUUCUGGAUCUGCUGUAACAUUCAGGGACCUUUUCCAGAUUUAAUACCUUUUUUAAAAAAAAAACAAACAUUUUUAAACAAAAUUAUUAUUUUGGUUAAUAUGAAUAACAAUUUCCUGUAAUGUGUUAGUGGAGGUUGGUCUCCUAACAGCUCUAGCUGCAGUCCUCACUCAGAGCUCGCCCCUACACCUCACACCACAGAACAGUGAGUCGCGACAGGGCCCAUUGCUUUAAUAUAUAGAACCCAGUGCCCCAACACCUCCACCACAGAAUGUGAGUGUUGUCCAAAUCCAGGUCUCCAUUGACAGACCUGGCUGAGAAAAUCGCGGGGGGAAGAUGCUUCACCUCUUGUGCAUUUAUCUGGCUUGGCUGAACUCUGAAUUCUUUCUCCUGACCAAUAUGGAGAUAAAAAAUGACAGGAAGCAGGACUGUUCCUACUGUCACUCAAACAAGCAUGAGCAUCUAUGGCCCAGAAACAUCUAGAUUUCAGUUGUUAGUACUAACACAGUGCAUUGUGAGUGGGCUGUGGGUUUGCUCAUCAGUACCCCAACUGCUACCUCAGCUUGAAGCUGUAAGGCUCUGCUGCCUUGGGGGUCCUCAAACAACUGCCAGAAACAUGCAGCGUACAUUACAUUUACGCUCUGCGCUUGUGAAAAUAACCACAGCGUGUACAAUUGGUUUCGGUGCCCUGAUCCGGCCCAAAGAAAAUCUGGCUGUCGGGGCCCUGUGUGCGGCUUCGUCUGAGGGCCCAACAAACGGCGGCUGUUUCAGCUUGUUAGCAGAGGUGCGGAACCCGCCAGUCAAUUCCGUUCAAUUCAGAGUGGCUUAAUUGGCGUGACUCGGCAGAACUGUCGCCUGCUCUCGGUGUCACGGGAACCGCAGGCAGCAGAGUCCUGCUCCCGCAGCUUCUGCGGCUGCCGUUUGGCCCGUGUUACUGUGGCGACGGAGGAGAGACACAGUUGCUCUACUGUGCUUUAAAGAGCCAUCUGGCAACUGGAUUGACCAUGUUUGUCAGUGGUUUAUUAGAAGGGGUUGAUGUGACCACGUUGGUUAUGUGAUUGUGAGUAACAGUUGGUUGGACUGCGUUCGUCCAGGUAUUUGUGUUGCGGUUGCUUUGACUGACUUGGUUAGUUUGUUGGGGGUGGUUUGCACUUGUUAGUCACACAGUCAGUUUGCAGUGUGUUUUGCACCAUAAGGAUGUAUUUGGUGUUUUUUUUCCCUCACUUUUUAUUGAGAUAACCAUGUUGGCUAUCUCUGGACUGGUUCACUAUUUCCUGUGGUUAACACUUAUCUGUUUAGAUUUUCUUUUUCCAUCUGCAGUCUCAUGUAACAGAAGCCUGUGAACCGAUCAUCUGAAUUCCUCCAUUUUUACUUCAACCUGUAUCAUUACCAUUUCUUUGUUAUUAUACGGUGAUUUAUGACAUGUAUGAUAUUAUUUUGAUAUUGACUUUUUAUGUUUUCAUUUUUUGCUGACAUACCCCUUUUGGUGUGUUCAUUUUUUAACAGAAGUUUUGCUGUACACGGCUUCAUACUGAUGAAGUGUAGGCUAAAUGUGCUGUUCUUCACUCGAGGCAGCUUUUUAAUUUUUUAAAUUUAUGUAUGUCUUUUUUUUGCUCAUAAAUCCCUCCAAACAUCUAAUUGUUAAUUGUUUCCCAGAUUAUUUCUCAUAUCUUUGUGGUGUGGUUUGUUAUGCGUGCUGUUGUAUGUGAAUGUGAGUGGGACAGGGGGGUGGGGGCGGGGCGCUUGUGUUUUGUAUAUCCUUUGGCCAUACUCGUCAGUGGACUGGAGGAUGAUGUUGCUGAUGAUUGUGGACUUGCAUGUAUGUGACACAUACCCUGCAUCUCAAGUCUUAACCAUCACUAAUGUAUCACUAAAACCAUCACUAAUGUACCUGGGCGAUGUACAUAAGUCUUUUUUUCCCCAGAACACUCGUUACAUGUAAAUGAGACUUGAGGUUAUCUUAUUCGGCCUGCCUAGACUCUAUCAGAGGUUUCUCUGAUGACCUACGGCCGCUGUCCUAUGUUGAAUCUCAAGCUAAAAUCUUUGGUGAGAUCUUUCAUUCAGCCCUCAAAUUUGAUAAACAAAUUAUCUUCGUUGGAAAAGCCAGCUUUUUUCAAUUCAGAGCCAUAGUCAAAGCCAAGCCCUUUCUGUCAUUUUAUGACCUGGAAAUAGUCCUCCAUGCCUCAUGUCAUUCCAACUAUUGUAACUUCCUGUAGCUAGGUCUCAGUCAGUCAUUCCUCUUCCACCUGCAGCUAGUAUAACAUUCCGCUGCGAGAUGGGAAUGAGAGAGACCACAUCACACCUAUUCUGGUGUCCCUGCUCUUCCUGCUGGUUACUUUUAGAGUUCAUUUUGUUGGUUUUAAAAGCACCUAAUGGUUUGUCCACUUCCUUUUGUUUCAGCAAUGUUUUAACAAUGUUGACACUACACCCCAGAAUACUGGUGUGCUUUUGUUGAGACUACACAGUUGGCGUAAUUCAGUAGAAAGUAGUUGUCAAUGAAACGGUGCACAGUGAGGUCUAUGGACGUUUAUGAGUAACCAUGUCAUUACGUUUGAAAAUAGACAUUGCUGUCAAGUUUUUCAAAUGUUGAUUUGAAACAUCGGCACCAUUGAGGUCUGCUGUAUUGGAGUGAGUUGCAGCGGUUAUCUAGAAAACUCAUCACAUCUUUGCAAAACUAUCUAGAUGAUAGAUUGUGCUCCAGGUAAGUGGAAUUAUAUAUUUAUUUUAUUUUUGGGUGAACUGCCCCUUUAAAAGGACAUUCAGUCUUCCAGCACUCCAGUCUUCCGUCCUGAGUGGCACCUCUGUGGAUUUGGCCCUGCUGACUGAGUAGCCUAAUACUUUUGAAAAUGUUCAUUACAUUGAAGACGUCUGGCAGGGAUGCUUAUUGGAUUUUUGGAUAUUUUUGUGAAUAUGAUCUGCAUAUAAACUUAUUUUAUGGGAUGAAUCUAUGGUUUGUGAUCUGAUUAUGUUAUUGUGUUGGCUAAUGGCACCAGCCAGGGGUUCUAUAUGGCAAAUAAUGAUGCAGAGUGGACAACCCUUUCUUCUGUCACAGUGCUGCGUGAAACAUUGCAACGUAAGACCGUUAGUGGUGACGGAUGCUGCGGGUGAGUUGUACAUUGAAUGAAUGGCUUUCAAAACCCAAAUUCUUCAAUAUAGCAAAUACAAAGUUCCUGUUGACUCUCAAAUGCUUUUUCAUCACAGUGAUGCAAUGAUUGUUUUCAGCUUGUUUCUUUUGGACAUACUCAUUCGAAUAGGCGGUACAUGUUAGGGGAGUGUCUGCCUCAGAAAAAGCCUGUUUGGUCUGGGUGAAUUAGAUGUGUGAGUACUGCUUCCAUUCUAUUGGCUAGUGCUUUACUAAUGAUUUUUGUCACUGUUAAUCAAACGUAUGGGGCAAUAAUUGUAACAGAGACUGUUGUUGGGCUUGAGAAAAACCAAAAUGAGAUCAGUAUUUGUAUGUGGUGCAAUGAUUGCGAGGGGUCAUUAUGAUGAGGUGCUGUGAAUUGCCAAAAGUUUAAAAUUCAGCAGGGUAAUUGUCUGAUCAGGGUGAUUUGUUGUUGGACAUUUAAAAGAACUUUGUAAAUUCUUUUGUUGUCGAUUGAUCUAGUGCAUUCACCCGUUCGUCAGAUAGUUUGAGAAGGACAGUAGUGAGUUGCAGAUAUCGAAUGGAUUGAGUUGAUUAUCUGAUUUAUAUACGUUACUAUGAAAGGUUCUGAGUGUGUUAUGUCCUCUGGGUUUUGUAUAAUAUUGCCCUAUAUCUAAUCGAUGGCGAGGAUGAUCGGUUUUUCUUUGUUCCUUUUUUGUUGGUUAUUGUCCAGUUUUAUCUGUAUUCAAAAUAGUCAUGUCUCGUUCUUUGUAUGAGGAAUUGUUGGAUAAUUCUUGUCCAAGAAUUGAUCUGCACUUACAGAUGUUUGUUUGACUCAUUAAGUUGCUCUUUAGACAUUGUUUAACAGCAUUUUCAUUGUUAUAUUUAGAUAUUUCUAAACUGUAAUACAUGUAUUGUAAUUAAAGCUACUCUGCGCCCACUAUAUUAUUGCUUUUUUUCCUGUGAAAUAUUUCAUGUGUAGUGACAUAUUUGCCCUGCAAGUCUCUGUGAAUUGAAGCAUCUGCUCAGGAAAGAACGAUAAAAUGGUUAUUCAGAGUUCUUGUUCUCUGCUCUGCUAAUACAAGAAUUCAGAGUUCAUCUGGACAGGCACUAAAGGAAGGGUAGGGAGAGGUGAACUCUGUAUAAAGUAUAAUGACAGCCGCGGUCUGCUAAUGGUUCCCACUUGUAAGAUUUAGGAUUUGACACAGUAAUGGUGGCGGCAGCCUAGGCACCGUUUGAGAUUUAUAGGGGUAUUGAUAGAUUGCUUUGGCCACUGCUCCUAGAUGUAGUAUUGAUAUUGCGUCGUUUGCCCAUCAGUAGCCCUGAUUGAUUACACUUUAACAUUCGCGCCCACACUUGCAGUAUCAGGAUUUUACGUUUUGGACGCCGGAGAUUUAUGUUCCGAUGGCUAAACGAGGUGUAUCAGCAGGAAAUCGGCACCGUGACACCACGGCUCUGAAGCUGCAAUUAAACAAGAUCAAUCUCGUUGCUAAUCGCAGACCCGCGAGGCAGCGCCGUGACCUUGAUUUAAAGUCGGGCGAGAACCAGGUGUUUAACCAAUAAGAUUAUUUCCUAUCUGUUUACUUAGUUUAAGGUCUUAUUAUUAAAGUUAAUCAUCCGAUUUAUUCUGCCAGGUGCGUUGCUCUUACCACACAUCCCCGCGCUACACUUCUGCAGCCGCUAGGUGUCACUGCUGUAGAAUAUUUGCCACUUAUCAAGCACGUGUGGUAGCUGCUUGAUCUGGGCUCAGCCGUUGAAGUUUCAGUCCUCGCAUGUGCAAUGUGUAUGUGCGAUUUCUUGUGCUUUGCGUGUCUAAACAUUGUUUCCCAACCCGAGGCCCAAUGAAAAAAAUUAAGUCAGGUAACAGCGGAUGCUAUCAGGGUAAAUUUAUGCCCCAUUUUCCGUUUGCAUUUACAGGUUAAUAAAGAUUUAGUUAUUUUGCGCCCAUUGCUAUUUACUUAUAAAAAUGCAUGUGUUGAACCACUGCGAUCAACCCGCUGUCCAGUGGUUUUUUUAUUUUAUUUUAAAUUUUUUUUUUUUUUUUUUAAAUAGCAGACCUUUUAUAUAUAAUUCCUGCACUUUGUACAAAUACCCUCAUCUUGAAUGCAGCUGUUGAAAUAGCUUUAUCAGAGCAGUUUGCCUUGUCAACGUGCUUGAGUUAGUGUGAUUUAUCAGCAGCACGUGGAAUAGCCUGCAUUCAUAUUAACAUACACAAAAAAUGUUUUAAAAAUGUAUUUAUUUGCAUUAUUACACAUAAUUUGUGUUCACACAUGUAGCGCUCCCACAUUAGAAGCAAUCGAAAGGGAGUCAGCUGCUAAUGGGUGUGGUAGCACUUAAUUUCAUUUAAUUACAGUUACUCAUUGCAUACUCUUAUUUCCACUUUCUUUUCACAUUUUGCUCACAUGAGUCUGUUUUCCAUGUAUUAAUGUAGCUAUCGUGAAGAUUCUGCAAUACUUCCUUUAACCUACUUGGUUAUGCCUGCUUUUCAAAGACUAUAUUUAGUUUUAAAUUCUUUUGGGUCUUGUUGUCAAUGAAAAUGCAGCAUUGGGGGAACAUACAGCACAAACAUACAGCGCAGUUUGUUUCCAGUUCCAGUUCACUUUGCUUCAAAUGACUAUUGGACAAAAACCUAAUUUCUGUAUGUGGGAGAUGAUGCUGCUGGCUAUGGGGUUAGGGAAAGUGUACAAGGGUAUGUCUAUAAUGGAAGGAGCAAUGUGAAUGUAUCUACUUGAAGGAUCAGUGCGUGUGUGUCUGUACAGGGUGGAUGAGAGAGGAUGUGUCUGUACUGGGAGGAUCAGUGGAGGUGUAUGCGUAAUGUUACUGAAAGGAGUGAUGCGUCUGUACUGGGAGGAUCAGUGGAGGUGUAUGCGUAAUGUUACUGAAAGGAGUGAUGAGUCUGUACUGGGAGGAUCAGUGGAGGUGUAUGCGUAAUGUUACUGAAAGGAGUGAUGAGUCUGUGCUGGGGGAUCAGUGGAGGUAUAUGCGUAAUGUUACUGAAAGGAGUGAUGUGUCUGUACUGGGAGGAUCAGUGGAGGUAUAUGCGUAAUGUUACUGAAAGGAGUGAUGUGUCUGUACUGGGGGGAUCAGUGGAGGUAUAUGCGUAAUGUUACUGAAAGGAGUGAUGUGUCUGUACUGGGAGGAUCAGUGGAGGUGUAUGCGUAAUGUUACUGAAAGGAGUGAUGAGUCUGUACUGGGAGGAUCAGUGGAGGUGUAUGCGUAAUGUUACUGAAAGGAGUGAUGAGUCUGUGCUGGGGGAUCAGUGGAGGUAUAUGCGUAAUGUUACUGAAAGGAGUGAUGUGUCUGUACUGGGAGGAUCAGUGGAGGUAUAUGCGUAAUGUUACUGAAAGGAGUGAUGUGUCUGUACUGGGGGGAUCAGUGGAGGUAUAUGCGUAAUGUUACUGAAAGGAGUGAUGUGUCUGUGCUGGGGGGAUGAGCAAGGGUGAGUCUGUAAUGGAAGGAUCAGUGAGGGUGUGUCUGUACUUCGAGGAACAGUGUUGAUAUGUCCACUGAAAGGGAACCAUUUAGGAGUUUCUGUACUUGGAAGAUGAAUCCAGGUGUGUCUGUAGUCAUAGUAUUAAAAUGCAUGAUUGUGUGACUCCCUUCUGGGAAAAGACAUUCUUGGUAUUUAAAAUCUGCUCAGUCACUUCUACACAGCAGGUGGACACAUUCUUCCACAAUAUAAAUAAUGGUUUAAUUUGACUUUACCUUGUAUACAAAUAUUUUAAACAUAAUAAAACAUGCCCGCUGUGUGAUUUUAAA